AUGAGCAAAUCUGAUAUGCUGAUCCUCAUGGCAGAAACAUUCACGAACUACAGCAACGUGGUGUUAACUUUAGGAUUUAGGGAAGAUCCAUUAAUUACGUUGCACCCAGGAGCUGUGCAUCAUGGCAAGUACAUCCCGAAUCCGGAAGAGCAAAUCAAUGUUUAUGGGCAUGUUUUCGCCAGCCGAAAAUUCGCCGAGUUGACCAAUAUGACCCUGGAGGACAGCGACCGAUUUGCGAGGGUUCCCAGAGCAAUACGGAAACGAUGUCUGCCGCCGGUUCCUUGUAACCCGAAUGCCCGAUACCGAACCAUCGACGGAUCGUGCAAUAAUCCGUUGCCGGAACGCACCAGCUGGGGCAUGGUGGGAUAUCCAUUCGACAGGGUUCUACCGCUGGCGUACGAAGAUGGCGUUUGGGCUCCAAGGGUUCAUUCGGUAACUGGAAACCUACUACCGAGCGCUCGGACCGUCUCCGCAACACUCUUCCCGGAUGCUUUUGGGCCAGACCCUCGACUAAAUAUUUUGUUCAUGCAAAUGGGUCAGUUGAUUUCGCAUGACUUUGCACUGAGUCGCGGUUUUACUCUUCAAAACAGAGACGCUAUUGAAUGCUGCGCACCGGAUCUUUCUGGGCCACUUUUAGGACCACACCGACACUUUGUCUGCUUACCAAUCGACGUUAGUCCGAACGAUCCGUUUUAUUCCCAGUUUGGAGUUCGCUGCUUGAAUCUGGUACGGAUACAACUGGCUCAAGGAUCUGAGUGCCAGCUAGGCUUCGCUAAGCAAGCAGACUCCGUUACUCACUACCUGGAUGCAUCAAAUGUGUACGGUUCGACUGAUGAUCAGGGCGCGGCACUUUGAUUAUUCCAGCAGGGUCGCCUGCGCGACACGUCCCCGAAUGGAAUAGAGCUGCUCCCAUUCGUAAGAAAUCUGCGAAGCUGUGUCCCUUGGGCUCGUGUUUGCUAUGAAGGUGGUGACAUCCGAGCGAACCAGUUGCUGGGAUUGACCGUGACACAUACACUGUUCCUUAGGGAACACAAUCGGUUGGCAGUAGGCUUGAGUCAGCUUAAUCCUCACUGGGACGAUGAAAAGCUGUACCAGGAAGCCCGAAGAAUUUUGAUAGCCGAAUACCAGAACAUAGUUUUCAACGAGUUUUUGCCGAUUGUGCUUGGCCAUCAAAAAGCACAACAGCUGCGCCUGGUCGAUCCAAUUGACAGUUACAGCAAUGUUUUUAACCCAGACCAUCCAACGAUGGUGUUGACUGAAGUCGCCGCAGCUGCUCACCGGUACGGGCAUUCGCUCGUAGAAGGUUUCUUUAGAUUCCUAACACGCGAAGAACCCCCAGAGGACGUAUCCAUCAAGGACAUUUUCAACGAUCCAACGAAGACCCUUGAGCAGAACAGCUUCGACAUCAUGAUGUUCUCCUUCGGGCAGCAACCAUCGGAGUCGAUGGAUCAAUUCUUCACAUCCGGAUUGACGAGGUUCCUGUUCCAAGAACGCAACCCAUUCGGGUUCGAUCUGGCUUCGAUCAACUGUCAAAAAGGUCGUGACGUUGCCAUGCGUUCAUACAACGACUACCGCGAACUGACCGGUCAAGGUCGUGUAACCGAUUUCAACCAGCUGGGAGAAGUCGGAGCACUGUUGGCGCAGGUGUAUGAAUCCCCCGACGAUGUCGAUCUUUGGCCUGGUGGAGUGCUGGAACCGCCGGAGAAUGGUGCCGUUGGAGGACCAACAUUCGCUGCCCUGUUGGCCGAUGGAUACUCUCGGUUCAAGUUCGGCGAUCGGUACUAUUUCACCAACGGUCCCGAGAUUAAUCCGGGUGCGUUCACGCUGCCGCAGCUGAAUGGGCUGAGGCGGACAACGCUUGCUGGCCUUAUCUGUGCCAAUGUGGACUACAAGGAAGACUUUUACCAAGUGCCGCAAGCUCUUCUGCAGUCCAGUAGGGAAAACGUUCCCGUGCCGUGCUUUAAUUAUCAGAGCAUACAGCUAGAAGCAUGGCGUGAGGAAGGGUUUUAAAUUUAUUUAAAAAAAUGUUUGAAUGUUCGGAAUGCUAUAACAUUGUCAGAGAAUUAUUUGUUGUUGAAUUGUUUUUAAUUUAA